AUGCUACCGCUUCUUCCCACAGACAUUUUGCCCGCCUGGGUUCGGGGUCACUAUGAAACAUGGCUGUACCUGAUUGGCAUUGCCGUGCUGCUCAAGCCUGUUGCGUACUUGGCACUGCGGAUUCUGGCCCAACAAUACAUAUAUAUCCGCAAGUCCGAUGAGGCAUACGACAUGCUCCUCGGCUGGAUCUUUGCCACUGGCGUGGACAAGGGUGCCCGCUCCGUCAUUGCCCGCGUCGGCGUGCGCGGUCUCAUCGGCGAAGAGUCGUCUGCCGAUCCCGCCUCGCCCGCCAACAAGAAGCGCAUCACGCUCUCGCCCUGGAACGGGGCCUUGCUGUUCUGGUUCCGCGGCCGGCCCGUGUACUACACGACGCAACUCCGGCAGGUGGGCCUGCAGCAGGAAGAGGAGGCGACGCUCGUGUCGCUCGGCCGGUCCGGCGCGCCGCUGCGGCGCUUCCUGGACGAGUGCCGGCAGCGGCACCUGCGGCAGGCGGAGCAGCGCCGCUGGUACGCGCAGCGCGGGAUCCCGUACCGGCGCGGCUAUCUCUUCUACGGCCGGCCGGGCACCGGCAAGACGAGCCUGAGCCUCUCGGUCGCGGGCCACUUUGAGCUCGACAUUUACCGCAUCCAGAUCUCGGGCAUCACCGACGACAGCCUCAAGCAGCUCUUUGAGAAGCUACCGGGCCGGUGCGUCGUCCUGCUCGAGGACGUCGAUGCGAUUGCCAAGAACCGCGCGGUCGGGGCGGCGCACGCGGCUGGUGAUGCAUCAUCGGCCGCUGGCACCACCAUGUCGGGCCUGCUCAACAUCAUUGACGGCGUGUCGUCGCAGGAAGGCCGCAUCUUGAUCAUGACGACGAAUUACGCGGCGCGACUCGACGCGGCGCUCGUCCGGCCGGGGCGCAUCGACGUCCGCGUCGAGUUCCCGCUCGCCGACCGCAACGUGGCCAGGGAUCUUUUUGACCUCGUCUACCGGAGCCCGGUAGGCCCUGAUGAGGAGACGUCGGGCGGAGAGGAGAAGCUGCCUGUGCUGGCCGACGCGUUCGCGGCGAGGCUGCCGGAGCGACUGGUAAGCCCGGCUGAGGUCAUGUCGUUUCUCCUGCAGCACCAGGACGCCCCGCAGAGGGCGGUUGACUGUGUUCAGGAAUGGAUUGAUUCACGUGCAAAGAACGAGCUGAGAGAGUAG